CUCCAUUGGCUCCCCCUCCGUUCUGAGCUCAGCUAUCACUCCGAGCCCAGCCUUCAUACAAUACAGCUGCGUGCGCCCAACGUGUGUGUGCAUCCAACCCACGCUGCCUUGAAUCGGACUCGGCUUCUCUCGCUGCUCCGCUCGAAGAAGAACAAGAUGGAGAAAAAGAGCGAGAUCAACGGGCACGCCAUGCCCAGCUCGGCCUCUACCGACCGGAUCCUGGAGAAAAGCGCGAAGAAGAGCUUCAGGGAGAAGCUGAUGGAGUUUCUGAGCAAGAACCUGCUGGUGAUCAUGACGGUGUCCGGGGUGCUGGUGGGCGUCGGGCUCGGGAUGAUGGUCCGAAACAUGGAUCUUACCAGGGCGCAGAUGACCUAUUUCGCCUUCCCGGGAGAGAUGCUCCUCCGGAUGCUGAAGAUGAUCAUCCUGCCUCUGGUCGUCUGCAGCCUCAUAUCCGGCGCCGCCAGCCUGGACACUCGCUCCCUGGGCAAGCUGGGCGGCAUCGCGGUCGCCUACUUUCUGGUGACCACGCUGAUCGCCUCAGGGAUCGGGGUGGCCCUGGCCUUCAUCAUCAAACCCGGGGUGGGUGCAGGAGCCCUGAACACCAACAGUCUGGGACUGGAGAGCGUCACCAGCAACAAGGAGACCGCUGACUCCUUCUUAGAUCUGGCCAGGAAUUUAUUCCCGGCAAACUUGGUGGCUGCUGCUUUCCGUUCUUAUGCCACUGACUACAAGAUGCUUGCUGUGGGGAAUGACACCAAUGGGACCACCCUCUACCAAAAGGUGCCUAUUGGUACAGAAACAGAUGGCAUGAACAUCCUUGGUCUGGUGUUGUUUGCCAUGGUGUUUGGCGUGGCGCUGAGGAAGCUGGGAGAUGAGGGGGAAGAGCUCAUUCGUUUCUUUAAUGCUUUCAAUGAGGCCACCAUGGUGCUGGUUUCCUGGAUCAUGUGGUAUAUCCCUUUUGGCAUCAUGUUCCUGGUGGGCAGUAAGAUUGUGGAGAUGGAAGAUGUGGUUCUUCUGGUCACUAGUCUGGGAAAAUACAUCUUUGCUGCAAUCCUGGGCCACAUUAUCCAUGGAGGCAUUGUCCUGCCGCUCAUCUACUUUGGCUUCACACGCAAGAAUCCCUUCAGUUUCCUGUCAGGCCUCAUCACGCCCUUCACCACCGCCUUCGCCACCUGCUCCAGUUCAGCAACUCUUCCCUCUAUGAUAAAGUGUGUGGAGGAGAACAACGGUGUGGACAAACGCAUCAGCCGCUUCAUCCUUCCCAUCGGAGCUACUGUUAACAUGGACGGAGCGGCCAUAUUCCAGUGCAUUGCUGCUGUCUUCAUUGCUCAGCUCAACAAUACUGAGCUGAACGCUGGACAGAUCUUCACCAUCCUGGUGACAGCCACUGCCUCAAGUGUCGGUGCAGCAGGCAUCCCAGCUGGUGGCAUCAUUACCAUCGCCAUCAUCCUGGAGGCCAUCGGCCUGCCGACCAACGACCUCUCCCUCAUGCUGGCUGUUGACUGGAUUGUGGAUCGUACCACCACGGUGGUGAAUGUGGAGGGCGAUGCUCUGGGUGCUGGUAUCCUCCACCACAUCAACCAACAGGAGAUGAGGAAGCAGCAGGAGCAGCAGAAGCAGCAGGAAGCGGAGCUGGCGGAGGUCCGGGUGGAGGCCGUGGCCAACAUCCAGGCGGAGGAGGAGACCUCACCGCUGGUCACACACCAAACCAAAGCCUCGGCGGCCAUGCCGGAAGCCAUCGAGUCAGUCCUGUGAACUCAAAGACUUUUUCUCUUGCCCCCUGACCUUUCGACCUAUCAGUACUUCUGCCGUUGUUGCUGACGGGACAUCGUUCUGACACAGUGUCCAUCCAAAAAAACCAAGGUCACUGAUGAUUUCACUUGUGAGGAAAAACAAAGUGCCAUAGUAACAGUCUGUCUAGAGCAUUGACAGUUUAUCUUGUACCUAGUGCUGCCUUUUGUGCUGUCAAAAUUCAGCCACUUGGUCUCAACAGCUGGGUUUCCAUCCAGAUAUUUUAAAGCAGAUUAGGUUAUGAUGAUUGGGGAUUAUUGAAUUUGAAAAAAUUUCCUCAAUCCAGCUAAAAAGUUUUUUUUUAAUUCUCAUUUGAGUUGGAUUUUUUUGUAUUUUUAAAAGGCAUUUUGCGAUGAAAACACAGUGUGUGUUAUAUAUCCCUUAAACAUUCCCAUAAAUGUCGUAGUUCUGUUUGACUGAUACACUGUAUGAGAUGCUCACGGCCAUAAGUUUGUUCAUGAGAGCAUCAUCAGGUACAUUUCUUUGUUUUAUCUUCAGACAGCAAAUACAACGACCAACAUUAACCACAGAACACUAACAACUUGCCAAAUGCUGACAAGUCCAAGGGUCUAACACAUGCUUGACAGUGUCCGUUAUAACCUUAUUACACCUUUGGGACGUCUCUUCACUCACUUCGCUUCAGCUGGUGGAAGUGUUUGCAAUUUACAUUUGAUUUUAGCUCACUGCUUCACACUCUUUGCUGCAUGGAAACAGCAAAUUCUGCCUUUCAAAGUUAAAUCAGAUUGACAAGGGAACUGUUUGGUCCCAAGUUUCAAAUAGUUGUUUGUCAUAACUCAGAGAGGUGUUUACAAGAUGUGCCCAGACUUUUAUUUGCUGACCACUACAGUCAGCCGACAAUGUCAAACAUUAACCCCUUCAAAUGACAGGUUAAAGAUUUGUCCUCACGCAACCAGUUUAUCUGGUGACACACUGGCCCAGUAUGGUAAAGCAUUUUGAACAUUGGCCCAUCUGAAACAGUGUCUUUAGAUGUAUGCAUUGCCAUUAUGUAUCAUGCGGGAAAACCCACUGAUACGUGUUAUAUCCCCCGACUAAUCCUAUUUAUCCGUGAGUAAACAGAACACUGGGGUUAUUUACAUAACCAAGGUUCUCUAAAUCUCUAACACCACAGAAAAAGACCUCAGAAAAAGCCAACUGCACACAUAAGGCACAUAUCUUAACCUGCCUUCCUUUCCCAGUUGAUUUCAGCAUUUUCUAAACAUGCUCCUCUAAAUGGCUACACACUGAACAUUCAGACAUAUCAGCUAACGUUGGCUGGCCUUUAAAAGUCGGAUUUAUGCAUCAGCAGUUUGAAUUAAGCGAGUUAGCUGUGCAAAUAUGUGUGAGUGUUGGCAUCUGUCUUACUAAUAACCUGCUUUAUUUAUAAAAGUAGCUAUUAGCUUCGUUGCUAUUUGAUUUUGAGAAAUAUGCUACAGAGGAGACAGAAAAAUAGCUAACAUUAGUUUGUUUGGGGCUUUGUUUGCGAGCAGACUAGCCAGAUAAAGCAAUGUUAACAUGCAGCUAUCGUUAAGCUAUGAUUAAUACUCUUAUUUUUUAGCUAAUGUUUGCGUAGAUAAUAUCACAUGUAAAGACUAAGGUGUGCUUAGCUGACCUGAUACAUUAGUUAGCUAGCAAUUUUAACAAAAUAAACAGAUGAAGACAAAAGCUGAAGACCACCAACAUGGCCCCCGUAGAGUGAGCUAUUUAAAGGCAUCUUGAUUAGUCCCCCAGGGUUUGAAGCCAACUUUGGUCAUGGCCAAACAGUUGAAUUACAGCCUCUGAGCCCAUCAUGUGCUGCCAUUGGGCCCAAAAAGACUUUUUCUAUAGACUUAUAUUGUGAAAGAGACGUCUCUAAAUCUGCAGAUACAUUUUUUGAGCGUCACAACCCCUGUGAUAUGACUCAUUCCACUAUCAGGAUUAAAUCCUUUGUUCCAAUAACAAGUCCAGAAGAACCGCAAGAUUAAAUCAUUUUAUUUCCAAUCAAGUUAGGGAGCACUAAAUCAGUGGAUGUCUCUCUGGGUAAUUUCAAUUUUUUUGGGCUUCAUGCGCCUCAGCAAUUUUCAUAGGAGUGAAUGAUGUCCCGGCUUCAAAGCUGUAUCCAGGUCCUUUAAUACAUCCAUGAUUUUGAUGAGCUCAUUGGAUCCUGUUAAAGACAUAGCCAUGGAACAUAAUUACAUAUAAUCAGACAUUCGUUUGGAAGUACUGUAAACACACUUGUUUGUUGAAAACACUCCAGCCUCCCAUUUAUUGAAGAACAGAUAUGGUUGUCAGGAAGGUCAGUAGUUAAGGGUUAUAAAAUUCCAGCACACCCACAAAGAACUGACUCAAAGCUUCACCAUAUGAUAACACACAAAUACUCCCUUAAAAUGCUUAAUGAGUCUACAUAAUUCUGUUUAUCAUUAUUUUCUGAGUUAAUUUUAGAGUAUUUUUUCUGUGUGGUGUUUCAGAGGCUUGCGUCAUGAUAUAAGCCUGAAAGUUACAUGAUGUUUGUUAAUAUCUGUAUUUCAAUUGUUUUAAAAGCUGAAGCCGAUCGUUCAGUUCAAACCAAGCUAUGUCACAGGCCCUGAGUCUUUACCAAACUUCUUCCUGUAUUGACAAUAGCAGAUAUUAACUCAAUGGCAGACGACUUACAGCACAUUUUUAAUUCAGUCUGUAUGAUACAUUUGAAGCUGUGGUUGCUAGAUCAUUUUAAAGGGAAAAUUGGUCAAAACAUUAUCAUGGCUCAAGUGUAGGUUUUCCUUGAUCUAGGGAUAAAAACUAUGUGGAUUUGCAGCAUGCCAUAGUUGUUGCACAAGCAAAUUUGAAAGCAAAUUUGUGAUGAUUUAGCAGAAAGUCUCCCUUUAGGAUGCAGGACUCAACUGACAGAGAGCCUGUGCUGUCCUCUAGUGGUGACAAGCAUUAAUGUGAAAGUAGUACUGAGGGUGAUCAUAUCGCAGAGCUAAGUUGAACUGUUUUUGUGUCUGCUGAGACACUUGAGAGUCGACUUUGUUGAAUAAUAACUGGGAUACUAUUUCCUGUAUCUGAUCUAACAUUGAUGAGAAAAACUCUAAUGAGGAGACUGCCCCAGUCCUGUGACGUUAUACUUUAUUUUCAAGUGAAAACCACUAAGAGGUGAAGGAACAUCAUGUUUGUGAAAUAAGCUUAAUGUAUGUUGCUGUCCCCUGAUGUCUGAGACGCUCUUUAUGAAGUGAUGGUGCUGCUUUAGUUUUGGAUCACGAUUGUAUGUUGAAACUUUGUGCUCUAUAGAGAAAAUUUCGUACUCAUCACUUGAGAUUUAACAGAUGACUUUUCUAAGCUAACCACUGCUCUGUUAACCUGAAGCUUUAUGAGUAUAACUGGUACAAUCACAUGUAAUUACAUAUGAUGUGGUACAUGUACUAUAUAUAUAUUUGAUAUUAAUUUAUUGUAAUUGUUUUAACUUUUUGUAUUAUUUGUACUUUCUCCUUUUAACACUUUCUCUCAGUGUCAAUUUUUUUAUUAUGAUACAAUUUUUAAUGAACUCUUCUGCCAGUGUUUCUGAUAACCUCUUGUUAGAAAUGUGAUUUAAUUCCUGUUGUGUGUUUUUGUUUUGGAAUAGCUGCUACCUUGCCUGUACCAUGUCACUGUCUAACACUGUAUGGCUGUCUCUUUGCUGUUGGUCCUGCUGUCUGUCAACAUUAAAGGUGUUACAGUACAUUUUUCAUGCAACGCAAACACAAA